GAUUUCUUAAUGAGAUUAGAAGAAUCUCUCUUCUAAUAUUUGCUUUGGUUUCCUUUUCUCUUUGUUCGAUGGAUGAGUCGUUCGCUAAUCUACAAACGAGCCAUUUGCUUGGUUCAGUUCCUGCUGUGAUCAGCGACGACAAGAGAAGCACAAAUGUACCAAUAGCAAGCGUAAAUGAAGCAGGCCCUUCUGCUAACAUGCAAAUAUUUCCACCAAAUCUAGGAAACAAUACAAAGGGUUAUCAAACUCUUGAGAGUCCAACAGUACAAGGACCAGAACAACAGCCAUCAAACAACUGGAAGGGCUUUUUUAACGUCUACUCAUAUACCCAAUACUUCGACGUCGAUACAGAUGUUGUUUUGAACAGAUUGAUGAGCUCGUUAUAUCCUACUAGUGGAGAUUUUUUCAACAAGAUUGAUGCAAACCCUGAUUUGUAUGGACUUGUCUGGAUCUGCACUACGCUUGUGUUCGUGCUUGCUUCUCUCGGAAAUUGUGCCACGUAUCUCGUGAAGAAACGAACCGACGGUAAUGCUCCUUGGAUCUUUGAUGUGAACUAUAUGAAUUUGGCAGCAUCUAUAAUCUAUGGAUAUGCAAUAAUUGUGCCUCUGGGAUUUUAUUUCUCACUCCGUUAUAUGGGGUCCAAAGCUGAUCUUCUAAGAUUCUGGUGCCUCUGGGGAUACUCUCUAUUCAUCUUCGUUCCAACCUCUCUUCCGUUGCUUAUUCCAGUAGAGUUUCUGAGAUGGGUGAUUAUACUCUUAGCUGGUAGUGCAUCAUCGUGCUUUGUUGCCCUGAAUCUACGGUCCUACCUCGAGACAAACAAUGAUAUCACGGUUGUAAUGGCUGCAGCAUUUGGUCUGCAAAUGGUUCUUUCAAUCUUCAUCAAGGUCUGGUUCUUUCCUUAAUCUCCACGACACAAACAACACCCGACAAAACAUAUAUGUAAAAACCUUUAGAUCUUGAUGUGAUGUGGUAGAACAAAGAAUGUGAUUUCCA